CCAUCCAGCAAGUAUCAGCCUGAGAGAAGCAGGAGCCAGAAGCGAGCAUGGUACUGAUCCUGCAGCAGCAGCAGCAGCUCCCGCACUCACAGCCGGCACAUCGCUCUGCUCCAGCCGCAGCCACCGACCCCGGGCUCCCCGGCACGCAGCGCCUCUAUAAUCCACCUGCCCAGGAGCAGCGCUAAGGCAACGCCAGUCUGUGUCUCCCCCAGGGAUCUGUGCGCACUGACAGCUGGAACAUUCGCCUCCCAACUGCACAAGGAAACUCAGCCUCAUCUCUUGCCGUUACUGGAAGCCAAGGGCACAGGGGCUGCUGACAAGGUUCAGAGAAAAAUUCUUUGCGUUCCCGGAUACAAUGCAAGAUCCUGCUGCCUAAACUAAAAUGACUUCAUCCUAAACUCUCUCAAGGCUCCACAGAAGCAUCGUGGCAAGAUAUCAAGGAAAUGUAACUUCCGAGAGCCGGGCUGUGAUAAGGUGCGGAAGAGAAAGAUCUGCCAGGCACUUCUUAUAAAAUUCCAACUUUAAGAGGAAGCCAUUCCAGCGAAUCCUGGACAAUGUCUCGGCAGCACAGCCGAUUCGAGAGAGAUUUUUGCGGCGGGUGGGAGCGAUGGGAGUGGAGCCCCAGCGGGAAUCACGUCAACGCAAGCAACAUCAACAGCACAGCCAAUGGCAACAACAGGCCGGGACUCUUACCCUUGCCAAUUGUACCAUCCCGUCUUCCUACACCAACAUCCACCACCUCUACAAUAGUGGGCAGUGACGCCGUGACAAGCAUCGCCAGCAACCCAUCUGCAGCUUCCGCUUCCAGAACUCCUGUACUUUCCAAGACUGAGAAACAGGCACAAGGGCAACUUCUCGCAACCAGUGUGAGAUGGGGACAGACUCCUAUCAACCAGUCUACACCAUGGGAUACAGAAGAGCCGCCAUCUAAACAGAUGAGGAAAGGCGAAAAUCCAGCUACCCCACCAUGGGUGACAACGGUCUCUGCCGGCACACAGGCAUCUCUUAUUGCCCAUUCAUACGGAAUGACUCAACCACCAAUCUACAGCCAAGCAGCCAAUGUCCAGGCUCCUAUCAUAGGGGUUACUCCCACACUCCCACCUCAUGUGGCUCCACAGCUUCCACUAAUGACGGCUCACUACCAGCUGCAGCAGCACCAGCAACCUGCACAACCCUUGGGUAACAUGGUGGUCAACCUCCAAAGCCAAACCCUUUACAGACACAGCCAGCCAAUGGCGGUACCAUCUUUGACCGGAGUUGGUCAGGUUCCUCUCCCAGGUCACACUGCAGUAGGCAACGGUCAUAUGACAUGCCCCCUCUUGCCUCCUCCAGCUCAACCUUCUGCAGCCUUGCCUAAUAGUAUUCCAGAUACCAAUGGCCAAACAGCCCCACAGGUUCCUCAAAGCCAAACCUCCAACCCUGACAACCACAAUGGCGUACAGAUGCUACGGACGAUUGGAAUGGGAAAGUAUGAAUUCACAGACCCUUGGUACCCAAAAGAAAUGUUGAAGGAGCUGAACCAGCAGCGCAGAGCGAAAGAGUUUACAGACCUGAAAAUUAUUGUUGAAGGCAAAGAGUUUGAAGUCCACCAAAAUGUUCUAGCCUCCUGCAGCUUGUAUUUCAAGGACCUGAUUAAAAGGUCAUCGAGAGACACGGCCAAAAAUGGGGAGAAGCUGGAGUUGACUAUGUCCAACAUAAACGCCGAAGUCUUGGAAUUGCUGCUGGAGUUUGUCUAUACGGGUUCUCUCAUAAUAGAUUCUGCAAAUGCAAAAAUCCUUUUGGAGGCUGCAAACAAAUUUCAGUUUCAUACGUUCUGUAAAGUCUGCAUCUCAUUCCUUGAAAAACAGUUGACUGCCAACAACUGCCUAGGGAUUUUAGCUAUGGCCGAGGCGAUGCAGUGCGUGGAACUAUACAACAUGGCCAAGGCUUACGCUCUGCAAAACUUCCCCGAGGUGGCCAAUCAGGACGAGAUCCUGAAUAUAUCCAAGGAAGAUUUUGUCUCCUACAUCUCCAACGACAGUCUGAACACGAAAGCAGAGGAACUGGUCUAUGAGGCGGUGAUAAAGUGGAUAAAGAAGGAUCCCGGUAACAGAGCCCAGCAUUCUGCUGAAUUGUUGGCUGUGAUUCGCCUCCCCUUCAUUCAUCCCAGUUACCUCCUCAAUGUUGUGGACAAUGAAGAAUUAAUAAAAUCAUCGGAGGCGUGCCGGGACUUAGUCAAUGAAGCAAAGAGGUAUCACAUGCUCCCACACGCCCGCCAAGAGAUGCAAACGCCACGGACCAGGCCAAGGCUUUCAGCAGGUGUGGCUGAGGUGAUUGUCCUAGUUGGAGGCCGGCAGAUGAUAGGAAUGAAUCAGAGGACCCUCACAGCAGUCACAUGUUUAAAUCCACAAAUCAACAAAUGGUACCCAUUGGCCAGCCUGCCAUUUUAUGACCGGGAAUUUUUCAGCGUAGUGUGUGCUGGAGACAAUAUCUAUCUUUCAGGUGGCAUGGAAGCUGGCGUCACCCUUGCCGAUGUUUGGUGCUAUAUGUCUUUACUUGAUAACUGGAAUUUAGUCUCCCGGAUGAUUGUUCCACGGUGUCGGCACAACAGUGUCGUAUACGAUGGCAAGAUUUAUACCAUUGGCGGACUCGGUGCUGCUGGCAAUGUAGACCACGUUGAAAGGUAUGAUACCAUCAUUAACCAAUGGGAAACAGUGGCUGCCCUUCCCAAACCUGUACACUCAGCCGCUGCCACGGUGUGUGGGGGCAAGAUCUACGUGUUUGGUGGGGUGAACGAGGCCGGCAGAGCGGCGGGGGUGCUGCAGUCCUACAUACCGCAAACAAACACCUGGAGCUUCAUAGAAUCCCCCAUGAUAGAUAACAAAUACGCCCCAGCGGUCACUCUCAAUGGCUUCAUCUUCAUCCUCGGAGGGGCCUACGCCAGAGCCACAACAAUCUAUGACCCUGAGAAGGGGAAUAUAAAAGCCGGCCCCAACAUGAAUCACUCCAGGCAGUUCUGCAGCGCUGUGGUCCUGGAUGGUAAAAUCUACGCCACCGGGGGAAUCGUCAGCAGCGAGGGGCCGGCGUUGGGAAACAUGGAAUUCUAUGAUCCAAAGUCGAAUACAUGGACUCUAUUGCCCAACAUGCCUUGCCCUCUUUUCCGCCACGGAUGUGUAGUCAUAAAGAAAUACAUCCAGAGUGGGUGACGAGAAAUUCCGUCCAUACGCUGAGUUUUUUUGUUAAACCUUUUCAAUGGCAACCCUGCCAGAACUGAAGAGGUUAACCAUAUUUUUUUCCCUUUAUCAGCAUUUUAUUCUUUUUUUAUUUUUCAAAGAGCAGAAAAAAAAAACGGACAAUGGACACUUUGUUUUCCUCUGCAGGUACUGAAUAAAGUCUACAUUGAAUGUAGAAGAUCAUCCUCACCUUUGGGUGACGCCGGAGCUUUGGCCUCCAAGCUAUGUACAAAACUGUCAGCUGACGGGGCACAUGUGUCUCGCUUGGUACCAUCGUGGCACUGGCUGUUACCGUCGGUGCAAUAGAUUCCCAUAUUUUUUACUGGGGUUACAUAUAAUGGAGUGGGUUCAAGAUCUGAUUUUUACAUAGAAACGUAAGGAUUUUAAAGGGUCUUCUGUUUUGCAGGUUGAUUGUACGAAAUAAUCCUUACUACCAACUCCCUGGUGAGAAUACUGGGGAGUUUUUUUGAGUUAGUUGCUGCAUAAUCUCACCGGUGGGCAUUUAGCUGA